AUGAGCUCCUACUUUGUCAACCCGCUCUACUCCAAGUACAAGGUGGCGGCAGCCGCGGCGGCGGCGGCGGCGGGGGAAGCCAUCAAUUCCCCGUACUACGACUGUCACUUCGCACCCGAGGUGAGCGGCCGGCACGCCGCCGCCGCCGCCGCCGCCGCCGCUCUGCUCUACGGGAACGGCGCGGCCGCCGCGGGCUUCCCGCACCCCGCGCCCGGCGGGGCGGGGGGCGGCGGCGGCGCGGGCCCGGACUUUUACCAGCCGGCCGGGGGGAGCCCCACGGCCGCCUACCAGCCGCCUCCUCCUCCCCCCGCCGCGCCUCCGCCUCCUGCCCCCUGCAGCGGGGUUACCUGUCACGGGGAGCCCGCUAAAUUUUACGGAUACGAUAACUUACAGAGACAGCAGAUUUUUACGACACAGCAAGAGGCCGAGCUGGUACAAUAUCCUGACUGUAAAUCGUCCAGUGCUAAUAUUGGCGAGGAACCAGACCACUUAAAUCAGAGCUCGUCUCCUGCUCAAAUGUUUCCCUGGAUGAGACCACAAGCAGCGCCGGGUAGGAGGAGAGGAAGACAAACAUACAGUCGAUUCCAGACUCUAGAGCUGGAAAAGGAGUUCCUAUUUAACCCCUAUCUGACCAGGAAGAGAAGGAUCGAGGUGUCCCACGCACUAGGACUCACCGAGAGGCAGGUAAAGAUCUGGUUUCAGAACAGGAGGAUGAAAUGGAAAAAAGAGAACAACAAGGACAAAUUCCCCGCUUCCAGACAGGAGGGAAAGGAAGGGGAGGCCAAAAAGGAAGCACAUGAUCUGGAAGAAGACAGAGCUGAAGACCAGACAAAUUAA